CUGCGGAAGAAAGAGAGAGAGAGAUCCGACCUCCCUCUCCCAUGGCGAUCUCACGGUUCCCCAGGGGCAAAGAGAAGCCGAGAUCCCUCAUCGUACCCCUCCUGUUCGCCAUCUCCGCCGCUGCCCUCGCACUCCUCUGGGUCGCGUUCUACUCCGCGGUCCCUGCCUCCCUGUUCUUCUCCAUCGCGUCGCCGCGUGCGGCGGACGAGGAGGGACCGACCGGGUUGGAGCGGAAGUACUUGUACUGGGGGAACCGCAUCGAUUGCCCCGGGAAGCACUGCGAUUCCUGCGCCGGGUUGGGCCAUCAGGAGUCCAGCCUGAGAUGCGCCCUCGAAGAAGCCCUCUUCCUCCACAGAGUGUUCGUAAUGCCAUCUAGAAUGUGCAUCAAUCCAAUACAUAACAAGAAGGGCAUCCUGUACCAGCCCAGGAAUGCAAGUGCAGAUGAGAUGUGGGCAGCAAGUUCAUGUGCUAUGGACUCUCUAUAUGAUCUGAGCCUCAUUUCAAGUAAGGUGACAGUGAUUUUGGACAAUUCAAAGAUGUGGUCUCGUAUAGUGUCAGCAGGUGUGAAAUUAGGAAGCAAGGGAGUGGCACAUGUGGAAGGAGUUAGUAGGGUUGAUCUCAAGGAAAAUAGCCAGUACUUUAAUGUGUUACUAAUUAACCGCACUGCAAGUCCUCUUUCAUGGUUUAUGGAGUGCAAGGAACGAACUAAUCACAGCUCUGUUUUGCUGCCACAUUCUUUUCUUCCAAUGAUGGCUGCCAGAAGACUCAGAGAUGCCGCAGAUAAGAUUAAAAAUAUACUUGGUGAUUAUGAUGCUAUUCAUGUGCGCCGAGGGGAUAUAAUAAAGACCAGAAAAGACCGAUUUGGAGUUGAGCGGAGCCUUCAUCCCCAUCUUGAUCGAGAUACUCGCCCUGAAUUCAUUCAGCGGAGGAUUGCAAAAUGGAUCCCACCAGGACGGACACUAUAUAUUGCUUCAAACGAGAGAUCACCUGGCUUCUUUUCACCACUCUCUUCUAGCUACAGAUUGGCGUACUCAUCAAACUUUAGUGACAUUUUGGACCCAUUGGUCGAUAACAAUUAUCAGCUUUUUAUGCUGGAAAGAUUGAUAUGGGCAGGAGCUAGAACCUUUGUCAAGACAUACAAGGAAAAUGAGAAUGAUCUCAGCCUCACAGAUGACCCGAAGAAGAAUACAAAGAACUGGCAAAUACCUGUUUAUACCAUAGAUGGCGAGGAAAGCUAACAUUGUUUCAUUCAGGAAAUCUUGCAUUCCAUUCUCACGACUUUUUUUGCGAUCCAACGAGAAGCAAGAAGGGUAUGGCAGUUCCAGAUCUUUCAGCUGACAAUUUGGGGUUCCCAAUUGCUUUCUUUCUUUACAAAGAUUAGUAAUUGUUGUGUUCUGUACAUGCUGAUACAGUUUGUUUACAGGAUAGUUUUUUUGUUAUAUUCUUUCUAUGGUAACUUGUAAAACAAAUUGAUACCAUGAAUCCUCAGUUUUGUGGUUUUUGUUUGAGCAAGUGAAGGUAGAUCUUGGCAACAAAGUUAAAGAUAUCUGUGUGUCACAGAUCUACCAUGAA